AGUUGUUAUUAGAAAAAGCCUGUCAUUUUCCGUUUAAUUGCGUGCGCGCCACCUUCAUAAGUUCAUAUCACAUCUGUGAUCAGUCCUCCCCUGGCCACUUCCACAGGCAAAAAUGGCUGAGCAAACUUCUGACCAUACAACUCCCCUCCUCCGUCGCAGCUGGUGGCGCAGCCACCUUUCCACCCUUCCAUUCACCACUUCACUCCGUCUCAAAACCUCCCUCCUCUCCGAACUCGGCGGUUCUGUCGGCGACUUAGGCACUUACAUCCCCAUUGUUCUAACACUAACCUUAGUCUCCCAUCUCGACCUCAGCACUACCCUUAUCUUCACUGCAUUUUACAACAUCAUCACUGGCGCUCUCUUCGGAAUUCCGAUGCCUGUUCAACCCAUGAAAUCCAUCGCUGCCGUCGCCGUCUCUGAAACACCUCAUCUUACUGUUCCUCAAAUCGCCGCCGCUGGUAUCUCCACCGCAUCCACCCUUCUCUUCCUUGGAGCCACUGGCCUUAUGUCCUUUUUCUACCGGUUUAUUCCGCUCCCUGUUGUUCGCGGCGUUCAGCUCUCUCAAGGCCUCGCUUUUGCCUUCUCUGCUAUUAAAUACAUACGCUAUGAUCAAGACUUUACGGCCACUACUAAAGCCAGCAGUACAACCCCACGUCCGUGGCUUGGUCUUGACGGCCUUAUUUUGGCUCUCAGUGCUGUAUCUUUUCUUAUACUAGUCACCGGCUCCGGUGAAGUUGUUGAGGACGACGAGGAAGACAGAAUUAUUGUAACCAACGACUGUAAUCAACCCAGAGUUCGGCGCAGAUUACGUACACUAUCAGCAAUUCCAGCAGCUCUUAUUGUGUUUUUGCUGGGGUUGAUCCUCUGUUUCGUGCGCGAUCCUUCAAUUAUUGGUGAUAUUAAAUUUGGCCCGUCAAAGAUUCAUGUUUUAAAAAUCACGUGGGAAGACUGGAAAACCGGUUUUUUAAGGGGCGCGAUUCCACAGAUUCCGUUAUCCGUAUUAAAUUCCGUGAUCGCAGUGUGUAAACUGUCAGCUGAUUUGUUCCCAGAAAAGGAAGUGUCAGCUACAAGAGUUUCAGUGAGUGUUGGGUUAAUGAAUUUGGUAGGCUGUUGGUUUGGAGCAAUGCCGUGUUGCCACGGGGCAGGAGGAUUAGCUGGACAGUAUAGAUUUGGUGGGAGGAGUGGGGCUUCAGUGGCUUUUCUUGGAUUGGGGAAAUUGGUUCUUGGACUUGUAUUUGGGAGCUCGUUUGUGAGGAUUUUGAGUCAGUUUCCUAUUGGGAUACUUGGGGUGCUUUUGUUAUUUGCUGGGAUUGAAUUGGCUAUGGCGUCAAGGGUUAUGAAUUCGAAGGAAGAAUCUUUUGUGAUGUUGGUUUGUGCUGCUGUCUCAUUGACAGGGUCCAGCGCUGCACUGGGAUUUGGGUGCGGUAUUGUGCUGUUUUUGCUGUUGAAGUUGAGGCAUUUGGACUGCUUUGGUACCGGCAUUGGGAGAUCAUGUUCUAGUCUCAAUCCGUAAGACGUUUCAGCACGAGAAUCUUACGGAAUAAGACUAGUCCGUGUAAAAAUGCUAGUUUGUGGGGCUACUAUCGUUCAUUAUCUAUAUAACUUUGAUAUUUAUUUUUAAAAAAAAUGAAGGAAAGAUUUUGUAUUACUUUGACAUCUGUUUGUUAUGUAUAUCUCUAGCAGCAUCUGAGACUAUACAAAGGAGGGCAACGGUUUCUAAAAAUGAAAUUGAACUUAGAAAUUGCUCUAAAAUUGUGAUGAGGAAUGAGGAAGCUCAUUUUGUUUGAGUUAGGGAAGGUCUUCAAACUACUACACUCUCAGGUUAGGAGAGCAUCUAAACAUAAGGUAAGGUCUUCAAACUACUACACUAAGGUAGCUAUCUCAGCAUAUUUCUGAAGAAUUAAUGUGCCUCUAGGCGAUUGAGUACUGUACACUGUUUCAAAACCUUGGCUUGACUCUUGGUGUAAAGAAGUAGAUUCUCCUGAGAAAUGUACUCAGAUUGGGACAACAGAGUUUUUUCUUUGUACUUAUUCAUUUGGUAUAAGCUGUUGGCUUUCUUACUCUCUAGGCUUUUUAUCAUAAUUGUUGACUUGUGUUCACAUGGUGCAAAUCAGUAGACAAGGAAAAGUACAUACGUAUGCUUACAAAA